AGUUUAUCCUGAGUGGCGGAGGCGGCUGCCCUUCUCUUCCUCCUCCCCUUCGCCUCAUCUUCCUCCUUCUUUUGCAAAAAAAUAAAUAUAAAAGGAGGGCUUGGGGGCUGGGGCUCCACGCCUCCAAGUGCGCCGUAGAGGUAGGGGCUUCCUGCCCCACGGUAGAUCCGCCCCUGGUUAGCUUGAGAGCUAUCCCAAGUGCAGGGGCUAGCAAGAGCGACCAGUCCAGCAUGGAUCUGAUGACGGGGGCGAUGGGCAUUCUCCCCUCCAAGCUGCUGGAGCUGCUCAAGGAGGAGUACAAGCUGCAGAAGGGUGUCAGGGCGGAAGUCAAGUCCCUCUCACGGGAGCUGGAGAGCAUUCACGCCGCCCUCCGCAAGGUGGUGGCAGUGCCGUGGGACCAGCUCGACGAGCAGGUCAAGGUCUGGGCACGCGAGGUCAGGGAGGCGUCCUACGACUUGGAGGAUGUCCUCGACACCUUCCUCGUGCGCAUCGAGGGCCGCGAGCCCGCCGACCCGUCCAGACUCAAACGCGCGAUGAAGAAGAUGGGCGACCUGUUCAGCAAGGUCAAGGCUCGCCACGACAUCGCUGACGCCAUCGAAGACAUCAAGAAGCAACUCCAGGAAGUGGCCGAGCGGCGUGCCAGGUACAAGGUUGACGAUCUUGUGGCCCGUCCUGCAACCGCAGCAAGUGUUGAUCCUCGCAUCUCGGCUCUCUACACAAAAGCGUCAGUGCUCGUUGGCAUCGACGAGCGGAGGGAUGCGCUCAUUGAGAUGCUGUCCGUAGGGGAGGAUGACAGGUCCGACAAGGAGAUGAAGAUAAUCUCUAUUGUCGGGUUUGGGGGAUUGGGCAAGACCACUCUUGCCAAGGCAGUGUAUGACAAGGUUCAACCUCAAUUUGAUUGCAGUGCCUUUGUUCCAGUGGGGCGUAAUCCCGACCCAAGGAAAGUCCUGAGGGACAUUCUCAUUGAUCUCAUUGACAACAAGACGGCAAACACUAUCAUUGAUCAUGAUAAGAAAAAGUACACUGGCGUUGAUCUGAUGGAAUUGGAUGAAAGGCAGCUCAUCAACAAACUCCGUGAAUUCCUCGAAGUAAAAAGGUACUUCAUUGUUGUAGAUGAUAUAUGGGAGACAUCAAUAUGGGGAAUGAUUAACAAUGCUUUCGUUGACAGUAAUUGUGGAGGUAGAAUAAUCGCAACUACUCGUAAUUCUCAAGUUUCAAUGGAAAUUGGUGAAGAAGUUUAUAGACUAGAAGAACUUUCUGAUACUAACUCCAAAAAACUAUUCUAUACAAAAAUAUUCGGCGGGGAAGAAAAACGUCCUUACAGUGAUGAAUUGGAUGAGGUAUCUGGUAAAAUUAUACAGAAGUGCGGUGGUGUACCAUUAGCUAUUAUUACAAUAGCUAGUGUGCUAGCUACUAAACCAAUAAAGGACUGGUCUAUGGUGUACAACUCAAUUGGUUUUGGGCACAGCGAUAACACACAAGUUAAGGAUACGAUGAAGAUAUUAUCUUUUAGCUACUACGACUUACCUUGUUAUCUAAGGACUUGCUUACUAUAUCUAAGUGUAUUUCCAGAAGAUCAUACUAUAGGGAAAAGUGGUUUAAUAUUGAGGUGGAUAGCUGAAGGUCUUGUCCAUGAGGAAAAAGGGAAAGACAUUUUCGAGGUCGGAGAUAGCUACUUCAAUGAACUCAUAAAUAGAAGCUUGGUCAUACCGAUAGAGGAGAAAGGCUCGGGCCUUUUAUUUGGUUGCCGUGUCCAUGACAUGGUACUUCAUCUCAUUCGAGACUUGUCAAGUGAAGAGAACUUUGUUGUUGUAUUGGAUAGUGAGCAAUUGUCACUUGCACAAGGCAAUGCUCGUCGAUUAGCCCUCCAACUGUUAAACUUUGAAACUUUUAAAAAACUAGUAAAUUUAUCCGUAGAGCACAGCCCGCAGAAGGUUAAUUAUAAGGCCAUGCCACAAGUAAGGUCUUUUAAUGCCUUGUUAUGUGUUCCAAACAUAAUUCCCCCAGUUUGCAGCUUUCAAGUUUUGCGAGUGCUGGUUCUAGAAUAUUGUUUUGGUAUGGAAGAUUAUCCUCUUGAGCAUAUUGCGAAGUUACUCCAUCUGAGGUACUUUGGGCUAUCACAUACACCUACUCGUAAGCUCCCCAAAGAAAUAGGACGUCUAAGGUUUCUGCAGACACUGCUAUUGGAUGACACCGGGAUAAAAGAAUUGCCGGCGAGUGUGCGCCUGCUUACACAAUUGAUUUGCCUACGUGUUGAUGAGAAGACGAGAGUGCCAGAUUGGAUCGGGGAGCUGACGUCCCUAGUGGAGCUAGAGAUGUGCCAUGGAGCCGACAACAAGUGCUCUACAAGGUGGUUUGUGAAGGAGUUGGGCAAUCUGACAAAUCUCAGGGUCCUCAAGACUGGGAUAAAUCUACAGCAUGAAGAGCAGGGAAGAGAUUUGCUGGAGUCUCUAAGAAAUCUGCACAAGAUUCAUGCUAUAGCUAUUUCAUUUCCGGAAGCAUUCUUACAGAUGGAUGUGGUUAUGGAACCUAGUUUUGCCCUCUCUUCGAGUCUCAGUGUCCUGAUAUUAUUAAAUAUGAAGUUCUCAAGGCUGCCGGCAUGGAUUAAUGCUCAAGAUCUUCCCAACCUCUGCCAGUUGAAGGUGGUGGUGUCUGACGUGGAAGAGCAGGAUCUGGGAAUUCUCGGGAUGUUCCGAGAGCUCCGUGAGCUCGGACUACUGAUUAUAAGAGUCCGCAGAUUAAAACUUACUGUUUGUGGACGUGGCGGAUUCGAGAAUUUGAGAUUCUUCGAUGUCACUGUACCGCUACAGUUUGUGCAGGGAGCUAUGCCAAGGCUUGAAUACAUCAAUUUCAGUAUCCCGGUGAUAGAGCUAAAUGAUGCCAACAUUGGUCUCGACUUUGGCUUGGAAAACCUUUCAUCUCUUCAGUCCGUGAAGGCCAGCAUCGACUGUGUUGAUGCCUGUCCUACGGAGGUGGAGGAAGCGGAGGCUGCGCUCAGGCACGCAGUCGACAUCCACCCCAACCAUCCAACACUUGAAGCGAGAAGGAUCUACGAAGAAAAAAUGGGGCCCGUGGAUGCAGAUUCAAGGAUGACGUCUCGACGAAAUUAUAAGAUUCUUCAGGCUUACAAUGCUUACGCUUUAACACCAGAGAUGAUCGAAGAACUGGAGGAGCACGAAAAAGCAGCAAUGGAUAAUCAAACUAAUCAAAGCGUGCUUGGCACAUCCACUCAGGACUAUCUAAUUUCGAACAAGGGAGACAAGGUACCCAUCUCUGAGCUUCAGGGGAAGUAUGUUGGUUUGUACUUUGUGGUGAAUGGCUAUGGUCCAGUUGAUGAAUUCACUGCAGUGCUUGCUAAGAUCUAUGAGAAACUCAAAGAAGUGGGAGAGCAAUUCGAAGUUGUAGCUGUGUCCUUGGACAAGGAUGAGUCAUCAUUUAAUGAGAGUUUUGCCAAAAUGCCUUGGCUUGCAAUUCCUCAAGGUGACAAGAUGUGUGAGAAGCUGGUUCGUUACUUCUUUGAGCUUAAUGUUCUUCCUACACUUGUUCUGAUUGGCCCUGAUGGGAAGAUACUGAACAACAAUGUUGCGGACAUAAUUCAAGAGCAUGGUUUGGAGGCAUGGGAGGGCUUCCCCUUCAGUGCUGAGAAGCUGGAAAUUCUUGCUGAGAAGGCAAAGGCUAAAGCAGCAGCACAAACCUUGGAGUCCCUUCUGGUCAGUGGUGAUUUGAACUAUGUCAUUGGGAAAGAUGGAGCAAAGGUUCCUGUAUCAGAACUUGUAGGGAAGACUGUCCUCCUUUACUUCUCAGCCAAAUGGUGUGGACCAUGCCGAGCCUUCCUGCCUACACUUGUGAAGGAAUACAACAAGAUAAAGGAGAAGAACAGUGAAUUUGCGAUCAUCUUCAUUUCUAGUGACAGGGACCAGAGCUCCUUCGAUGAAUUUUUCUCUGAUAUGCCAUGGCUUGCUCUUCCCUUGGAAGAUGAAAGGAAGGAAUUCUUGAAGAAGAACUUCAAAGUCCGUGGGAUCCCUUCACUCGUCGCCAUCGGUCCUACUGGGCAGACAGUCAGCAAGGAUGCAAAGGGCCAACUUGUGAUCUACGGUGCUGACGCUUUCCCAUUCACCGAGGAGAGACUUGAGGAGCUGCAGAAGAAGCUGGAUAAAAUAGCAAAGCGGUGGCCUGGGAAGUUGAAGCAUGAGCUGCAUAAGGAGCACGAGCUUGUCCUGAUGCGUCAUGGCACGUACGGCUGUGACGGAUGCAAAGAGAUAGGCAAUACAUGGUCCUACAGGUGCGAUGAGUGUGACUUUGAUCUGCACCCCAAGUGUGCACUGUUUCAACUAAUCCUUAAUCUAAACAUCAAUUCCUAGCCCUAGCACAUGAAUACCAGUCAUUAUCGGAAGAGUGAUGCCAUAUACCCUCAAGUAGAGGCUAUUAGGGCUUGACAGUGACUCAGGGCAAAGCGACAACAGGGUGAUUAACAGGUUGGUGAAGAUCGUCACCGGCGUCGGAGUUGUAGCGGCGAUGAAGAUGGUGUUGGUGCUAUAUUGUGGGCGGCGGCGGCGGCAGCAGCCUUUGUGCUACUUCAGCGUCUUUGGGAUUGGUGUAGGGUUAGGUAUAUUGGGAUGGUGUUGUCCUUGUGAAAUGAAAAUAAAUUCGUGAGGCUCCGGUAUCUCACUUUAUAUGUGGUGCUGUGUGGAACGUGAUCACAAUCAAGAAGGAUUGGUUGCGUCCUAGAUCAGGACGUAUAGGUGGGUGUAGCUCCUUAGGACUUGGCAUUUUGUUAGAAAGCUCAUGUCAACAUUAACAUACACUGGGGAGGAAAAGAAAGGCGAGGAGGAGGAAGGGAAGGCUAGUGAGGAAGCCUCGGCUGGAUAUGUGUGUGAGGGAGGUGUGUGCAGAAAGGCCUAAGUUGUUCUCCUGAGUUGUCUUUGCCAGUUGCAGUGUUAUCUGAAUGGUACCAUAAUAAAUAAUCAUCCGAUGGUUUUGCU